UCACUGAUGUGCGCUAAUGAGUCUGCACUGAUAGGUGGCACUGAUAGGCGGCACUGAUAGGCGGCACUGAUGGGUGACACUGAAAGGCAGCUCAGAUGGGCACUGAUAUGUGUCAUUGAUGGGCACUAGCACGAGGCACUGAUGAGCACUGACAGGUGGCACUGCUGGGGCUACACUGAUCAUCAGGGCACACUGAUCAUCAGUGCCCUGAUGAUCACCGAUUACCGGCUCUCCUCUCCUCUCCUCUGUCAGCGUGACAGCUCAAGAGGAGAGAAAUGCAUAUUUCCCUGUUUACAUGUGAUCAGCUGUGAUUGGACACAGCUGAUCACAUGACCGAGCCGACAUCUUCAGCUCUUUCCGUGAUCGGUGAUCCGCUG